UUAGCUUCUGUAGCCAUGACAAAGGUGCAACCGCAGUCGGUGGAAUCAGAGCCAGUGAGGAAGCUCCAACGUUUGCCACGAGUGUUUAGCCGUGUGUUGGAGCUUCCAUUCCCAAGAAAUACCAAUGUUGGAAAGCACUUCACCUCCAACGCCGACUAUUUUUUUGUGCCACAUGGUGUUGGUGGUGAACCUGAUGUUGUUCAGGUGCACAUUGUGAAACUCGAGCGGUGGGAUAUCACUAGGGUGGUGGUGCACAUUGGGACUGGGGAGCCAGACCUAAAGAAUGAUCUUGUGUAUGACAAGUGGCGCUUCCCCCUAGCUGAGACAUCCAUUCUAUCAAUGAUCAUGGCAGGGUAUGUGAAUGGUCAGCUUGUUGUGGUUGUGCCUAGGAUGGAUGUAAGAGGUGAUGGUGGAAAGGAAGAGAUCCCAACAUGGCCCAACAUCAAUAAAAUAGGAGGAGGAGAUGGAGACAAACGCGGGCCUUGUGGUGGUGCAAGCCACAUUCCAACCAAGUAG